AAAGUGCGUUUUUCACUUUUUGGCACUCUGAACGAGAAUUUGUUCGGAGUUUUCUGACUGGUCGAUUUCUAUCGUUUGUCUUCCUAUUGGAGUAUUUUUUUUAAAUUUUGCGGUAAAGUGCCCGUAGCAAAAUCUGCGUUAUAAUCCGACGGACUAGUGACUAGUCGUUAUGUAGGUCAUAGGUGAGACAGUGCCUGUCUUUAUUGCGAGUUGAUGCCGAGCUGUGAUCUGCGUGGACUUUUCUGCAACGAUGAACAAACCGUCUCCCGAUCAGUCGAUCCCGGGCGCCGUGUCAAACUCCGGCGAGCCAAGUUUAAACGGAUGGAGCGGCACCCACCAGGAGGGUCGUAGCGUUAAUAUGGAUACGUUUUGUGCGCAUGGAUUGCCUCCGCAACUCAACGGAGGAUGUAAUCAUAACGCAGUGUGUUGGCGGUUUCUGACGAGUCAUGCUCGAGCACAAAUUAUCGGAAGCAAUGAAAAUUCAGUUCCGAUCGAGGACACGCCAUCCACCCGUAUGAUUUUCGCCGACGUCAUGCUGAACGGUCGGAAAUGCGAGCGUUCCACGGACGUGGAGAUGCCGGAGCUGGAAUCGCCGGCCGCACCCCACGGCUGCUCCCAAGACUGUGUGGCCUGCCGCGACCUGAACCACACGGUGGAGCUGCCGCCCAACUUCGUGCCGCGGCGGAUUCCCGUGCCGCCGGUGGUGCUGGUCGGUAGACUCCCCGACAACACCGUCAACAACUGGCCGCCCUUUGGAUGCAAAGUGCAGCAGUUCGGUAACAGUGGUGCCUCCCGCUGCAUAGGUCGCGGCCUGCCCCGCCCGCCCUGCACCGGGCCCAUCUGCUUCCGGCGCCGCGAACAGGCCGUCGGGACCGUCGUCAGCGAGCAGCCCCUCCCCCCGCCCAACACCCUGCACUGCAAGAACGUCCAGUAUCCCGUGGAUGCCUUUCUCGUCAUGAACGAGCUGCGGAAGGCCGCCGGUGGCUCCCUCUGCGAUGUCCGGCUCCAAGCCGGAUUGCAAGUCUUCCCCGCCCACCGCGUCGUGCUGGCCGCCAGCUCCAACUACUUCCGCGCCAUGUUCACCACCGGGAUGAAGGAGGAGAAGGAGGAGCUGGUCAAGUUGGAGAAUAUUUGUCCGCGGAUUCUCGGGAAACUGAUUGAUUUCUGCUAUACGUCGGAGAUUACCGUGGGGGAGAGGUGGAUCUGUAAGAUCCUGCCGGCGGCGGUCAUGCUCCAAAUGCCGCAUGUGAUUGAUUGCUGCACGCACUUUCUGGAGACACAUUUGGAUCCGUACAACGCCAUCGGCAUCGCGGAAUUCGCCCAUCAACACGGCUGUGAUGCGCUGACACGGACAGCGCGGGAGUUUAUCGACAAGAACUUCAGCGAAGUCAGCCAGAAUGAGGAAUUCCUCCAGUUGUCCGUGUGCCAGCUGAUUAAUCUGAUCAAGCGCGACGAACUGGUCGUCCAUUCCGAAUCGGAGGUGUACGAUGCGGUAAUGCGAUGGAUUCGUUACGAUGAGAAACACCGGCGUCCCAAUCUGGAAAAGAUUGUGUACGCGGUGCGCUGUUAUUUCCUGCCGCCCAGUUUCCUGGAACAGCAGUUGCGCUCCUGUGAUAUGCUGCGUAGUUUUCCCAACUGUCGGCAGUAUCUGGAGAAAAUCGUUAAGGAGCUGACGGAGCACAAGAAGUGCCACAUGCCCAAACGCCGCAAUCCCGACCUGCCCAUGGUCAUCUACGUGGUCGGCGGCUACCUGCGCUAUUCGCUCAACCGUCUGGACUCCUUCUGUCCCAAAUCGCAGGUGUGGCGGGGAUUGUGCAAUAUGCCCACCUUCCGCAGUGGCGUCAGUUCGGCCUUCGUACACGGUCUGUUGUACGUAAUGGGUGGGCGGUGCACGCUGCCGGAGGGUAACUCCGACUCCAACGCGGUGGACGCGUACGAUCCCUUCGCCGACGCCUGGCGCUCCUGUCCGCCCAUGUCGGUGGCGCGGAAUCGCGGCGGGGCCAUUAAUCUGGAUAAUAUGCUGUACGUGGUCGGGGGAUCCAUGCAGACCACCUUCCAUCGGUCGGGCGAAAGGUAUAAUCCGCUGGACGAUACCUGGUCGCCCAUUGCCGAUAUGUUCCGGAUGCGGCUGGGAUUGGGUGUGGCCAGUCUGAAUCGGCUGUUGUACGCGGUGGGCGGAUUUGACGGAGCGGAACGGUUGUCCUGCGUGGAGUGCUAUGAUCCCGAUACGAAUAUGUGGAAGUUUGUUGCGCCCAUGAAUACGCAGCGCAGCGGCGCAGGCGUGGCCAGUAUGGACGGGUCCAUCUACGCCGUGGGCGGCUACGACGGCCGCAACCAGCUGGCCAGCGUGGAGCGCUACGACCCCGAGACGGACCGCUGGGAGUUCGUUGCCCCGAUGCGCGUGGCCCGCAGCGCCUUAGCCGUCGUCUCGUUAGACCGGAGACUGUACGCCAUCGGGGGAUACGACGGCCAGGAGUUCUCCACCGCCGUGGAGAGCUUCGACCUGGAGACGGGCGAGUGGCGCACCGAGACGCCGCUGCCGGAGGGGCGCAGCGGCCACGGGGCGGCGGUGUGGUGGGGCAGUUGUUGCUACGAGAACGCCGAGUGUGUGGGCUAAAUGAAAAAGGGGCGGGGCGAAGGAUGGUGCUCAAGGGGGGAGGAUUCCAGGAGGACGUUGAUGGUUGUGGUGGAUCUCAGAUGAAAAAUGGAAAAACAGAUGCUUAGUGCUUUCGCAGAGAGAUUUAGAGGAUUAUUUUGCUGGUUUGUUGUAAUUGGAUCGGUUGGUCUGAUUUUUAUGCGCGGAGGUUGUGCGCGAUUUUUUUUCCAUAAUGGAAACGAUUUGAGCGUGUUGUUUUUAAGUCCCGGGUUGCUUUUUUUUGUCAGUGCGAUGGUUUGAUUGCUUUCAGGUUUUUAUGGCGUUUUUUCCUGUAGUAUACACGGAUUAAUUUCAGAGAGAGAUAUAUAUUUUGUAAACGAAUUGGUAUUUGGCUGUGUUAACUUUCGUUGAAUAAAAUGCGAGAAAAUUA